AUGGCUAUCUCCGUGUCGACGCUCGCGGUUCCUGCUAUUGCUCUUGUCUUUGUUCUGCGUGUCCUCCUUCGCGCGCUCUUCUCGCCACUUCGCAGCGUUCCAGGGCCUUUCUUAGCGCGCUUCACAGAUGCAUGGUACUUCUGGAACGUCCAUAAAGGAUCAUUCGAAGAGAUAAAUGUCAAUCUACAUAACAAAUACGGACCCAUCGUUCGAUACGGCCCAAAUCGUUAUAGCAUCAAUGACCCAGAAGCAGCAAAGAUAAUCUACGGCCUCGGCAACCACUUCCCCAAAUCAUCAUGGUACUCAACAUGGGCAAGCCCUGGACAAUGGGCCAUCUUCAGUGACCAGUCGAUCAAGCGUCAUACACAGAAUCGGAAGAUGUACCAGGCGACAUACGCCAUGUCUUCUCUAGUGCACUAUGAGCCUUUUGUCGACGAGUGUGCAGACCUCUUUACCCAGCGUCUUUCCGAGCUCUCUACGUCUGGGACUGGCCUUUCUGUGGAUAUGAGGCACUGGUUCCAGUGUUAUGCCUUCGAUGUCAUCGGCCUGAUCACUUACGCAAAGCGACUUGGUUUCUUGGAUCGCGGCGAAGAUAUCCGCGGAGUAAUCCGCGCCUUGGAGGAUCACCUGGGCUAUGCGACACUUUGUGGGAUAUUCCCUGGUCUACACCAAUAUCUAUUCCCCAUCAGAAACUACCUUGCGGGAGGCAAGGGCACGGGCCGAGCUUAUGUGUUGAGUUUCACCAAUGAGCGAAUCAGAGAAUCUCAAAAAUCCCCCAAACCUGUCGCGACUGAGAGCGAAGUUAUCACAGAGGACUUCCUUACCAAAUUCUUGGCCAAAAACACAGCUGAUCCAAAUGUCUUCACACAGUACCAUGUUCUUAUGGGAUGUACAUCGAACAUGGUUGCAGGCUCUGAUACCACAGCUAUCAGCCUGUCCGCGGUCCUCUACUACCUACUCAAGAACCCAGCCUGUUUGGAAAAGCUUCGAAACGAGAUCGAUCAAAUGGCAUCUCGAGGGGAACUAUCAAAGUUGCCCACGUUCAAAGAAAGCCAGCAGCUGGUGUAUUUACAGGCUGCCAUCAAGGAAGCGCUGCGUAUGCAUCCAGCUACAGGCUUGCCGCUCGAGCGAGUCGUUCCAGAAGGUGGUGCGACAAUGGCUGGGCGAUUCUUCCCUGACGAUACUAUUGUCGGCAUCAACUGUUGGGUAGCCCAUAGAAACACCCACGUCUUUGGAGAAGAUGCCGACAUCUUCAACCCUGAGAGAUGGCUUACGCAGGAUUCCUUCGGACUAGGCUCACGAAGUUGUAUCGGCCGACAUGUGUCGCUGCUCGAGAUGUCCAAACUUAUUCCUCGCAUCAUUCGUGACUUCGACUUCGAGCUGGAUACAUCUCUGCAACACGCCAACUGGAGCACUUGGAACUAUUGGUUCGUCAAGCCACUCGACUUCAAGGUUCGUAUUGGUAUUCGUGAGCCGAAAGGUCACGCUUGA